AUGCAAGGGGCUAUUACUCUGCGGCCCCAGAGGCUGAUGUCCUCAGUUCGCGCCCGAGGACCUCUAUCAUACUCACCUUCGCGUCCAAUCUGUCUCCUAUGUCAGCAGAAACAAUUUACAUCCAAUACACUCAAACUAGCAUCCCAACGACAAAAAGUCAACCCCAGCUCAAACCCACUUACUCCCGACAUCACAAAUCACUACACAAUAUUCCCAAACACACUUCCCCAGGGCCCGCCUCCAAACUCAUCCUUCUCAUUCGAUACAUCCGCUCUCCGACGCGAAUUUCUUCAGCUCCAAAAUGCAUUCCACCCCGACAAAUUCCCCCAAGGCCCAGAGAAACAACGCAGCGAAGCACUCUCCUCACGCAUCAACGACGCCUAUCGCACCUUAAUCGACCCCCUAAGUCGAGCGCAAUACCUCCUCUCACACUUCCAUGGCAUCGAUGUCCUAGCCGAAGACAGCGCACAAACACACCCGCUCGAUUCAGAGACAUUAAUGGAAGUAAUGGAUGUUCAAGAAGCCGUCGAAGAAUUAUCAUCCGCUCCCGUGGCAGAGGCAGAAGCGACCGUUGCGCGACUACGUGAAGAAAAUGCGACUAGGAUUGAGGAAACAGUAGACAAAUUGCAUAAGGCAUUUGAUAGUGGAGAUAUUGAGACAGCGCAGAGGGAGACGGUGCGGUUGAGGUUUUGGUAUAGUUUGAGAGAUGGGUUGAGGGAGUGGGAGCAUGGGCAUGGGGCGAUUCGGAUUGUGCAUUGAUAUACCUCAAGUAUAUAGGCAUGUCUUAUAUAAUUAGUCUAUACUGUUAGUUAUCCCUGGAUGGUCAGUCAAAAGACGGAUUUAUAUGAUGGCAUGAACAUCAGUUGCCGCC